CCCCUCCCCGGGGAAUAGAACCCAGGAGUCCGGGCCCCCAGCGGGUCCGGUCCCCUCCCACAGCCGGAUGUGCCCCGGCAGCGUGGCCCGGGGAUCUGAUGCAAUGGUAACCUGAUCCCUUCCCAGCCUGCGCCCCGCCCGGCUCCCCCAGUCCGCCCGCUCCGCCGCCCGCGCCGGGACCCUCCGCGCCGCUCCCAGGGUGGGAAGGUGACCCAUGCGCUGUGCCCCAGGUGUGAUCUCUGACACACACACCCCGUCCACACCCUGAACCGGCCCGCGUCUGCCAUGGAACUGCAGAAGAUGGAGGAGCAGGAGGGGCUGGAGAUGUUAAACGGGUCUGUCCCAGAGUGUGACAAAGCCAGCGGCCUGGAAGAUGGGGACCCCGCAGCGGAGGUGACGGCGGCCGAGCAGGAGGGCUUCCUGCCCCACACCACCAGCAAGAAGCUGAGCCAGUUCACCGACUUCGAGGGGAAGACGUCGUUUGGGAUGUCGGUCUUUAACCUCAGCAACGCCAUCAUGGGCAGCGGCAUCCUGGGCCUCGCCUACGCCAUGAGCAACACGGGCAUUGCGCUCUUCAUGUGACCAGGAGUCCUGGCUCCCAGCCCCCCCUGCUCUAACCCAUUAGCCCCCAGUCCCCGCCCAGAGCCAGGGAGGGGACCCAGGCGUCCUGACGCUGGUGUUUGUUUUGCAGCCAUGUCCAGUUACCUGUACAUUGUGAAAUAUGAGUUGCCUCUAGUGAUACAGACGUUCCUGGGUCUGACGGAGAACACCGGAUGGGAGCCGCCACCCACUAGAGGGGAAAGGCCCCGGGCCGCAUUCCUGUAUAAAUGGGGACAUCUGGCUCUCCUGUUCACGUGCCUUCCCUGCCUGGUCAUGGUGCCCUCAUCCCCUACACAGUUAGCCCUUCCCUUCCCCCCGCAGACCGCGUACACCAUCCCCAUCUUGGCUUUCGCAUUCGUCUGUCACCCGGAGGUGCUGCCCAUCUACACAGAGCUGCGCAGAGCCUCGAGGCGGCGCAUGCAGAGCGUGGCGAACGUCUCCAUCCUGGCCAUGUUCAUCAUGUACCUGCUGACGGCCAUCUUCGGCUACCUCACCUUCUACGGGAACGUCGAACCGGAAAUGCUGCACACGUACAGCGAGGUGGAUCCCCUGGACCGGCUCAUUCUCUGCGUCCGCCUGGCCGUGUUGAUGGCCGUCACACUGACAGUGCCUGUGGUGCUCUUCCCGAUCCGCAGAGCCAUCCAGCAGCUACUCUUCCACGGGAAGGAUUUCAGCUGGGUUCGGCAUGUGAGCAUCGCUAUCUGCCUUCUGUUCUUGGUCAAUCUCCUGGUCAUCUUUGUCCCUAACAUCCGGGAUAUCUUUGGAGUCAUUGGCGCCACCUCCGCACCCAGUCUCAUUUUUAUCCUCCCCAGCAUCUUCUACCUCCGCAUCGUUCCCAAUGAAAAAGAACCGCUGAGAUCCAAGCCAAAAAUCCAGGCUGCCUGUUUCGCUGCCCUCGGCUUAAUUUUCAUGGUGAUGAGUCUCAGCUUCAUCGUGGCUGACUGGGUGACGACUGGACGGAGCAGCAGCGGGGGGCACUGACCCGCCCCCCCCGCCGACCCCCGGCACAGACACAUGGACCCCACUGGGCCGGCUCGGGGGGCCCAGCCGUCGCUGGGGCAAGGGCACCGCCACCUCCCAUUGGCCUUUGCUCCGCUGCAGCCAUGGCAACGCUGAGACCAACGCUAGGGCCGCCCAUUGCCGACUGUUACCAUGGCAACGCUACAGACCCUGGCAGCGACUGGUGUCCAUGGGAACGGUGCCAAGGCCCUUCCAUCGACUGUUACUGUGGCAAUGCUACAGCGACUGGUUUCCAUGGAAAUGGUGCGAAGGCCCUUCCAUGGGCCACCUGUUACCACGGCAAUGCUACAGCUCUUGGCAGCGACUGGUGUCCAUGGGAACGGUGCCAAGGUCCUUCCAUCGGUUGACUGUUACCGUGGCAAUGCUACAGCUCCUGGCAGUGACUGGUUUCCAUGGGUAUGGCGCUAAGGCUCUCCUAUGUGUGCCCUGUAGUCAUGGCAGCCUCCCAUUUCCAUGGGACAAAGGUCCUGAUUGGCCCAUCGGUGCCAUGGCAACGGCAGGUUCCCCACGACUACUGAGUCGCCUGACUACAGCGCAACUGGGUUCUCCUUAGCUCCCUGUCGCCGUGGCAACAUGGCAGGUCCCCAGGGGAACAACACCAGGCCUUUGUUGCUGUGACAACGCUUGGGCCACUGCUGGAGUGGGUGGGUGGGGGGUCCCAUAGCAACAGUUCCCUCCAGACAAUGCCUCCCACCUCUUUGGUUCCCAUGGAGACAGGAACACCCCCUCUCCCCCGCUUGUACUCAUUCCCUGGCAUCAGUCGAAGAGGGACUGUGAAUCUGACUGUGCCAGGGCGGGGGCCAGGUGGAUCCAUGGCACUCUUAUUUAUUGGUCUUAUUUAAUUCGGAGCCGGCAGCCAGACCAAAGAGCGAUGCCGGGCUCACUGCUGGGGCCAGGAUCGUGACACCCCCCCAGGACUCCUGGGUCCCAUCCCCAGCGACGGGGCCACGGGCUGUCCACUUUUGUGUGCCUCAGUUUCCCCACUGGGAGAUAGGGGCGUGUUCCCAUCCUGCUGAGGAUUAACCCUCGAGUGUCUGAAUUCUCUGGGACCGGAGGAGACGCUGUUACUUUUACAGUAAUGGGGGAGGCAGGGGGUGAGCGUCCCAUGGAGCCUUAGGACGCCUGGGUUCUACCCGGGACGCCUGGCUUCCUGAGCGGGGCUGGGGGCGGGAGGGGAAGCCGUGCGCCUACAGGCCUGUUUGCCGCCUGGGACAGGCCCCAACCACGGUGCAGAAUUCGCCCCAAGUCAGCACCCUCCCCCCACCACACGGGGGCGCCGCUGGUCGAGCCAGUUGAAUGCCCCCCUUUCAUCUGGGUGUCGGGGCGGGCGUUUAUCGAACCCUGGGUCUCGGUUCUCUUUUCAAACUACCUCACCACCCAGAGACAGCCGAGGGUCACUAAUGCUGCUCGCCCCAGCCCCUUCAGAGAGCAAGAGGUUAAGGACAGGGCUGUCGGGGGGGGGGGGGCACCUCCCUGAGCGCGGAGUGGGAGACAAUCCAGGUUAGGUGCCCCCUCGGAGCCGGAGAACGCUCUGUCCGCCCUGUCGAGAAAUCCUGGAGCCUCUGCUUCCUCCUCCAGAAACGUCUAGAUCUCGUCCCAAUGGCUCUUUCUCCCCUCCAGAAAAAUCCUCGUGCCUGUGUGUUUUCAUCCAGAAACUGCUAGUUCCCACUCCGGCGCCUCCUCUAGAAAAAUCCCGACACCUCUGCUUCUGCCUCCAGCUAUCUCUAGAUCUCAGCCCGGUGGUGCCUCUCUCUCCUCUAGAAAAAUCCCAGCGCCACCACUUCCUCCUCCAGAGAUCUCUAGAUCUUGCCCCGACGCCACCAUCUCCCUUCUAGAAAGAUCCUUAUGCCUACAUGUUUUCCUCCAGAAACCUCUACAUCCCACCCUGAUGGCUCCAUUUCCCUAUCUAUCUCAUAGAGCUGGAAGGGACCUUGAAAGGUCAUCAAGUCCAGUCCCCUGCCUUCACAGCAGGACCAAGUACCGUCCCUGACAGAUUUUGCCCCAGAUCCCUAAAUGGCCCCCUCAAGGAUUGAACUCACAACCCUGGGUUUAGCAGGCCAAUGCUCAAACCACUGAACUAUCCCCCCCAGAAAAGUCCCAACACCCCCAGCCACAUCUGCACAGCUCCCCCACCACUGUGGCCUUAGCACUCAAUGCCUCUUCAGCCAGUGCCUUAAACUCCCACUCCCCCCCGGUGCAGCCCCCUGGCUUCACAGUAGCCAUCUCCUGCCCCGCAAAUUCAACCGCAACCCUGGUGAGUCUGCCCCCGCCCUGACACAGCAGUUAUAUUGGCAGAAAGGGGCCCUACAGAGACUCAGGACUCCUGGGUUCUCUCCCCGGCUCUGGGAGGGGAGUGGGGCCUAGUGGUUAGAGCUGGGAGCCAGGACUCCUGGGUUCUCUCCCUGGCUCUGGGAGGGGAGUGGGGCCCAGUGGUUAGAGCUGGGAGCCAGGACUCCUGGGUUCUACCACCAGUGCUCCCAUCUUCGCCCUCUCCAGGAACUGGUUUCUCCCUUUUUACUGAUGUAAUUUGGGUUUUCAUUUUGGAAGGAAGCAUUUGAGAAACAAACAUUUUCAGGCUUCCCUCCACCCCCUGCCCAAAAUACAAAACCCUCAAAUGGGAAAUUCUCCCUGUUUCAAACAAAAAUCUGCUCCCCCCCCCGCCCCAUGUUCUGAUUUUUUCGGAAAAGUGUGUGGGGGGGAGGCCCCCAAAAUGACUUUUGUUUUGCCAGUGGGGGAAAUUGGCUGCCAUGAUAAACAAAUCAAGGCUCAGUCCAACUAAAGCUACCGCGCCACAACAGAUCUGUCAGAAUCCUCCGGUUCCGGGUCUGGCCCGGAGCCGAAGAAAACAAUGACGUUUUGCGAGCCACCCGGGGGAACACCCCCCUUCCCAAAAUUGGGCGAUCACGCAACCGACUCAGAGCGACUGAUCUCUUCUUGGGCCGACAGCUGGGGAAAGAGACAUGUUUCCAAACUUGUGCAGAGCUCAUGUCUUUCCCCUGGCAGUCGGGCUGGGAAAAGAGACGUGUCCUGUCCAGCCAACGCUGCCAACCCCCUCUUGUGUCCCCCCCCAAAUGUCCUUUCCCGGAAGGAGAAACAAGAAAAAGACCAUUUUGGAAAGCGGGAUUUUUGCCUUCAUGGGAGGAUCUCAAAACUCAGCUUUCCCCCUUACUAACUCUCAGGACGUUUGCCAAACCGUCGCGUUUCCUUUUCAGGGCCUGGCAUUGCCUGGGGCUCGGGGACGCUGGUAGAAGGGGCCCGGGUUCAGAUUCUGGGGUGGGUGGGUUCUAGGCCUGGUUAAUUCAGGGCUGGCCUGGAUGGAAUAAUCGCACCGGGGACAGCCCCCCGAACUGAAAACCCUCAUCCCGCCAGCCCCUAAAGUCCGCGUCUUGGUCCAUUGAUCCUGCCUGGAUUCACGUGACUCCAGAUGCACGAGGCUUUACGGGGGGGGAGCGGGGAUAAAAGGGCCCCUCAAAGCACUAUUUUGGUCAGCACGUCGUCCCCAAUGCUACGGACAAAGCCAAAAGACCCCCCCCCAUUUCAGCAGGGGUUCCUCCCCAUGACUGGGGGGGGGGCAGCGCAAGGUGAAAGCAAUGCAUGGAGCCGGUGGCUUUUGUACGGUCGCUCUGGGUUUCAAUAAAUAACAACCGGACUUUU